AUGACAAUAGGGACAUGGAAUGUCAGGACCCUCCUGGACGUGAACAAUUACAGGCCAGAGAGAAGAACCGCUCUUAUCACCCAAGAAUUAGCCUGGCUAGAUAUAGACAUAGCUGCCUCGAGUGAGACAAGACUCUCAGGUGAGGGACACAUUAGUGAGGUACGUUCAGGGUACACCAUCUUCUGGAAGGGAAAGGAUGCAGGAGAACCACGCAUCCAUGGUGCAGGAUUUGCCGUAAAAACGAAAAUAGUGAAAGAUCUUCGACGUACACCUGUCUCAAUUAAUGAAAGACUGAUGACUCUUAAAGUACCCAUUGAUUCAGACAGUUUCAUCACCUUCGUCUCUGCAUAUCCUCCUACUUUAGACAGUGAUGAAGACACAAAGAAUCAGUUCUACCACCAACUGAACAGUACUCUCUCUAAAAUACCCAUUCAAGAUAAAUUAAUUUUACUUGGUGAUUUCAAUGCCAGAGUGGGAAGGGACAACCGUUUUUGGAGAGACGUCAUGGGUAAACAAGGUGUGGGAAACUGCAAUGCAAAUGGGUUGUUACUUCUUGGUCUAUGUGCUGAGCACGAGCUUUUCAUCUCCAAUACCCAAUUCCGUUUGCGUAACCGCUAUAAGACCACAUGGAUGCACCCACGCUCCAAACAUUGGCAUCUUAUAGACUACGUUAUUACGCGACAGCGUGACAAGAAAGACAUUCUCAUCACAAAAGCAGCACUAAACAUCGAUGAGUGCUGGACUGACCAUAGACUUUUAGUCAGCCGUUUGAGAGUACCAAAGUAUCGCAAGCCACGAUCCCACUUUUCAAACCCACCACGCAGAAAAUUCAACAUAAGCAACCUGAACAACAAAAACGUUCGCUCACACUUCCAAGACAUACUGACUGAACAACUUAACAAAGCUCCAGCAAUCACAGAUGAUGUCGAACAAGAAUGGACCACAUUAAAGAACAUCAUCAAAGAAACUGCUGAGAAUGUUGUUGGUUUUAGUGCACGGAAAAGAAGUGACUGGUUUGAUGACAACCAUGGAGAAAUCCAAGCCAUCAUCAAUGCAAAGCAAGAUGCUUACCUAGCCCUUGCUCAAGAUCCGUCCUGCACAGAAAAGAAAGCACACUUUCAAGAACUCAAGCAAAAAUGUCAAAGUCAAAUACGAGUAAUCAAGAACAAAUGGUGGCAACAGAAAGCCACAGAACUCCAAAAUCUUUCCAAUGCAAGGAACCUGCGUGGCUUCUACGCUGGUAUUAAAGAGCUUUGUGGACCUACCCGCUACUCAUCUGAAACACUGAAAGCUGCUGACAACUCCACCAUUCUUACUGAAAUGAGCAAUUACCGAGUUCUCGAUGUUGUUGACUACAAAAUAUACAGUCCUGUUGAUCUGUAUAUGCACCAACGAGCAUGUGGGGUACUGACCACCUGCUCUGAGCCUCUGGCAGCUGCAACUCCUGAUGUGCCUCGCAGCCGACAGCCGCCCGCAGAAACAACAGACGUCACAACAAACACGGUGCGAAGCCACGCCCAGCACGCCCGCCCCCGCGAGCAGUCCAGUAGCAAGAGAAAAUUAAGCAACCCCGACAGCUCUGCCACGGGAUUGGCGUAUCUGUCGACGAAUGGGCAGCGAGGCCCCGCCCACCGCUGCCGCAGGACCGGCACCCGCGUGCGCCCGCAGAGUGUCUCGUUUUCCCGGCAGAUCCGCAGUGACUAA